AUGCAAUACUCAACCAUAUUAAUCACUUUGGCUACAUUCGGCACUACUUUAGUCAUGGCUGAAGGUGAAAAUGAUACUGCCAUUGCCAAUGCAACUGCCAUCAAUGGUACCAAUUCCACUAAUGGAACUACUACUUCUUCUUCUUUUGGUAUUGCUGGUGCUUUACAAUUGGGUACUGCUGGUACUAUUGGUGCUUUAGCUGCUGGUGCCAUUGCUUUGAUCAUUUAA